AUGCUGGAAAAAGUUUUCAAUGUGAAGAAUUUUGGUGCAAUCGCAGAUGGCAAAACGGAUAGUAGAAAGGCAUUGUUGGAUGCAUGGACGAAGGCAUGUGCAUGGGAUGAUAUGGGUAGGGUUUUGAUUCCCAAAGGUACAUUUCUUAUUGGUCUAGUUGUAUUAAAAGGGCCAUGCAAGGAUGCUAUUGUAUUUCAAGUUGCUAGGGUGGUGAAGGCGCCUGGUCUUAAGAAGUUUCAUUCAGACAGUUGGAUAGAGUUCAAAUACAUUAAUGGAUUGAUGGUCACAGGAGGUGGGACAUUUGACGGUCAAGGAGCUUCAGCUUGGCGACACAACCAAUGCUCCAAGAUGAAAAAAUGCAAGCUAUUACCAACGUCCCUAAGAUUCAUGUUCGUGACGGAUGCAACGAUUCGUAGCAUAUCUUCAGUGAAUAGCAAGUUCUUCCACAUAAACAUUGUGGGGUGCAAGAACAUAAAGCUCCGAUCCAUUAACAUCUCUGCACCCAGGAACAGUCCCAACACGGAUGGUAUCCACAUAGGAGACUCGAGUGGGGUCAAGAUUUAUAGUUCAGUAAUAGGCAUUGGUGACGAUUGCAUCUCCAUUGGACCUGGCAGUUCCAAUAUCACCAUCAACAACAUCUUAUGUGGGCCAGGACAUGGUAUCAGCAUCGGUAGCCUUGGAAAGUACCCGAAUGAAGAGAAUGUGAUGGGCGUGAAUGUGAGGAACUGUACCAUCACCGGGACCACCAACGGCAUAAGGAUCAAGACAUGGCAAGACUCUUCCAUCCUGUCGGCAUCCAAUUUCGCAUUCAAAAAUAUAAUUAUGGACAAUGUUUACAAUCCAAUCAUCAUAGAUCAAGAGUAUUGUCCACAUGCAUCGUGCACCAAAUUGACCCCUUCACGUGUUAAGCUCAGCGACAUUAGCUUUACGAACAUUCGAGGCAGCUCAACAUCACAGAUCGCAGUCAAUCUCUUAUGUAGCAAAGGCGUGCCAUGUCAAAAUGUACAACUCAAAAACAUCAACCUAGUAUACAAUGGAUUGGGUGGACACACCACAUCCUCAUGUUCCAACAUCAGGGGAACUUCUUCCGAUCUACAAAGCCCUCCCUCUUGCCUCUAA